AUGGAGAACGGAGAAGCGACUGCUGAUCAGUGGAACUGGAUCCGUCCUGAUUUGCCCAGCAGAUGCACCUGGAGGCUGGGUGCACCUAUUUCAGAGUCACCUCAUAGCCACCCAGAACGCAUCAAGCCCCCCAGCAUCCUCCCCAACAUCCUGGGGAAAAUUGGACACACACCUCUGGUCCGUUUGAACAAAAUCCCAAAGGAGUUUGGACUCAAGUGUGAUAUUUUGGCCAAGUGCGAGUUCUUCAAUGCAGGAGGCAGCGUGAAAGACAGGAUUGGCCUGCGGAUGGUGGAAGAUGCUGAGAGAGCCGGGAUCCUCAAACCAGGAGACACAAUCAUUGAGCCCACCUCUGGGAACACAGGUAUCGGCCUUGCCCUGGCAGCUGCAGUUAAAGGCUACCGCUGCAUUAUAACCAUGCCUGAGAGGAUGAGCAACGAGAAGGUUGAUGUGUUGAGAGCUCUCGGGGCAGAAAUAGUGCGCACGCCUUCUUCUGCAGCUUUUGAUUCACCAGAGUCUCACAUAGUCACGGCUUGGCGUCUAAAGAGCGAGAUCCCCAACUCGCACAUCCUCGACCAAUAUCGUAAUGCCAGCAACCCUCUGGCUCACUACGAUACCACAGCUGAGGAGAUACUGGAGCAGUGUGAUGGUAAAUUGGACAUGUUGGUGGUGGGAGCCGGCACAGGCGGUACACUUACUGGUGUUGCUCGGAAGUUGAAGGAGAGAUGCCCCAAUGUCAAGAUAGUCGCUGUGGACCCUGAGGGCUCCAUUCUGGUUGGCUCUAACAAAAAUAAGUCUUCCUUUGAAGUGGAGGGCAUUGGAUAUGACUUCAUCCCCACAGUGUUGGACAGAUCUCUUGUUGACAUGUGGUAUAAAUCGACUGACCAGGAGACGUUCACAAUGUCACGCAAGCUGGUCAGAGAGGAGGGUCUCCUGUGCGGCGGCAGCUCUGGCUCAGCCAUGGCAGCAGCAGUAAAGAUGGCUCGGCAGCUUGAGGCGGGACAGCGCUGUGUGGUCAUCCUGGCUGACUCCAUCCGCAACUAUAUGUCAAAAUUCCUGAGUGACAAGUGGAUGUGUGAGAAGGGGUUCCUCAGCCCGGAGGAGCCGAUGGACUUCAAACCCUGGUGGUGGAACAUGACUGUCCAGUGUCUAAACCUAUCUGCCCCCCUCACUGUGUUAGCGUCUGUGUCCUGCCAGAAAACCAUCAACAUCCUGAAAGAAAAAGCAUUCGACCAGGCCCCAGUCGUCGAUAAUUUAGGUGUGAUCCAGGGGAUGGUCACUCUGGGAACCAUCCUGUCCUCUGUGUCGGCAGGGAAGGCCAAACCCUCAGAUGCUGUCGGCAAGGUGCUCUGCAAGCAUUACAAACAGGUGCAGCUGACAGACAACCUGGGGAAGCUGUCCCAAAUCCUCGAAACAGACCACUUCAUCCUGGUGGUGCAUGAUCACACUCAGAAUAAAGCUGAUGGGUCAACUUGUCAGAAGCAGAUGGUGUUUGGCAUCGUUACAGCGAUUGACCUCCUCAACUACAUCACCACAGAUGAGAGCCAGGAUCACUCGUAG